UCAUCCGGUCUCUUACUGCCUCAAAUUAUGUCCUUCUCUUAUAUCUGCUGGGAUGGAAAUAAUGAUAUUGAGAAGUUUUUCUACAAUGUGAUACGUGCAAAGAAAGUUUUUUUUUUGACACACACUAAGAACAACUGCUCGUAUUUGCUUUAUUUCUCUAUUGGAACUAAAUGAAUAUGUCUGUUUGGAGAAAAAAUGAUUGGUGAUAGUAAAUUCCAAGUGAAGAUGUGAAGUGUUCUUGAGUCUCAGUGUUCUUGCUUCUCCUUUUCAUAAUGUCAAGGGUUCAAAAUUUCCUUUGUGUUCUUUUUAUAUAUAUCACUGUCCUGGGCUUAAUCCACCACUAAUCAAGCCCCUCCCAAUGUCCUUUUCCAAAUCCAUCUUAAUCCUUAGUAUAUUUAUAUAUAUACAUAGUCUAUCUACCAUCCAAAAUGAAGGCUCAAGUCAGUGCUAUGAGCUCUGAACCUUUUGUUGAAGUGAUCCCAGGAAUUGUUUGUGAUCAUAGAUAUACUAGGCUCAUCAACUCAAAGAGCAGCUAUUUUUAUGAUAUGAAGAGCUCUCUGAUGUCAACAGCCAAAGAUACAGACAGAAUACUUUUUCCCUUCUGAUUUGCAAGCAGCUCCUCUCAGAGAUACUCCAUCAUUUCCACAUCAACUCCUUUGCUAAAAAUGGAAAGAAGAUCAACAUUUUAUGAAAGUCAGGAGGAGGAGACUGAGCAGAAGAAACAAAUGCUUCAAAUGGGAACCACAACAAUGAAAAGGAAAUUUAGAACAAGUGAUGAAGAAUUGGAUGAUAUUCCAGUGUCUUCCAUUGACCUUUCGGUGGCAAGGGCUGAGCAAGUUCUGAGACCAACCUGGAACACCAUCAGACAUGACCCCAGAGAGUUUUGGGUGGAAACCAGGGAUUGGAGUCAUGGGAGCUUUAGGAAGUACAUGGAUAAGUUGGAGGUCAAUGUUAUACAGGCUUGCAGAUCCUUGCGUGAGAGGGUGGACCGAAAGGCUCUACGCAGAAAGGCUGAGGAGAAAUGCAGACAGAUGAAAGAGUUCAGAGAGCUAUGUGGAAGACGAGCCCCUAUGUUCUGGGUACCCCUAAGAGCACAUUGCGUGUGGGAGAGGAUGUCCGUCACGCUUGUCUGCACUGUACUAGGAAACCCCAAACCUCUCAUACAAUGGUUUAAAAAUGGAGAACCAAUUGACCUAAGAUCUUCCCCACCCGGGAAAUACAGGAUCCUAAAUGAAUAUGGAAUGCUUACGUUAGAAAUCCGCAGAUGCUCUCUGGAAGACUCUGCUGAUUACAGUGUGGUAGCUACAAAUACAUUUGGACAAGCAACCUCCUUCGCUAAUGUACUCGUAAGACAAUAUGUAGGAAUGAAAUCAGGAUGGGAUUCUGUUUCAUAUCCUGCUCUCUUACCGGUCUAUGAAGGGGAGUUCACCAGUGUACUAAAACCUGUGUUUGCUAGAGAGAACGAGGCUUUUACCCUGUCCUGCUCUGUAUCUUCCAGCCUAGAAAGGCAUGGACCAAGUGUUCACUGGUUUAGGGAUGGGGAAUUGCUAAAGGACUCGGCACGUAGGAGAACAACCUGCUUGGGUAAUGAAGUGUCUCUCAGUGGGUCCCCAGUUUACAAAGAAGAUGAAGGACUGUAUACAGUCAGUGUGCCAGCUCCGUCUGGACAUCAGGAACAAAGUGCCUAUCUUUUUGUCAGAGAUGCUGAGCCAGAAGCAUUGGGGGCACCAGGGUCUCCUCUUUGUGUACGGUGCCAUGAUAUCCAUAAAGAUUGUCUGCUUUUAUCUUGGGCCCCUCCGAGUAAUGACAGAGGAAGCUCUGUGCAUGGUUAUUAUGUUGAGAGGUGUGAUGUAUCAUCCGAUCAGUGGAUACAGUGCAAUGAAGUCCCAACAAAGAUCUGUAGAUUCCCUGUGUCUGGUCUUAUUGAAGGAAAGACAUAUCUGUUCAGAGUGAAAGCUGUCAACCAAGCUGGUGUUAGUCUUCCAUCUAAGGCCAGUGAACCCGUCACCAUGAGAGACUCUGCUAAAGAAGAAAGAGCAAUAGAGAUCCCAUAUGAUGAAGGCAGAAAGAUCAUUGUUAGCAAAGAUGAUUUAAUUGAAGAACCUGUCAAAGUCCCUUCGCCCCCUUCUAAUGUCCAUGCUGGGGAGGUCAGUGAAGAUUACAUUGUGCUUUGCUGGGAUGAACCAGAACCACAUGGGAAAGAACCUCUGUCUUACUAUGUAGAAAAGUCCAUUGCAGGCAGCAACAAAUGGCAGAGAAUAAAUCUGGAAACACCUGUGAAUUCUCCGAGGCUGGCUGUAUUUGAGCUUGAUAAAGGCAAAUCAUAUUGUUUCCGAGUUCAGGCUAUAAACAAACAUGGAGCAAGUGAUCACUCAAAGCCAAGUGAACCCAUCUCACUUGGGGCAACUCUAGUUGUUCCUCCUGCACCAGAUCAUAUGAUGGCACUACGAGACACAAACACUUCAGUGGUUGUGCAGUGGGGUAAGGUGGAAUGUGAUCCAGAGAUCCUUGGCUAUUAUAUAUACAGUCGGGUCUCAGGGGACGCUGACUGGCAACCAGUGAACAACAAGCCAUUGAAAGGUACAAGGUUUACUGUCCCUGAGCUGGAGACUGGGAAGGAUUACGAGUUCUCUGUUAGAGCAGUGAAUGAAGCUGGGCUCGGUGAACGAUCUCCUGUAUCUGACCCUAUAAACAUAAAUCAGGCCAUUUAUUGUCCAUCUGCUCCAUAUGACUUUGUGCUUCUAAGCUGUGGGAAAGAUGAAAUGACUAUAGGCUGGAAAGCUCCCAAGUUCACAGCUGGCAGAGAAGUGCUUGGAUACUACCUUGACCAGCAUGACUCCUCGGAGUUGACAUGGAAAGAUGUGAGAAGUGAACCAAUUCCUAAGAGAACAUGCAAGGUAACUGAUCUACAUGAAGGUCAUUUUUAUGAAUUCCGAGCUAGAGCAAUGAACUCAGCAGGAGUAGGAAAGAUGUCAGAACCAAGUGACCUCUUCAAAUGUGAAGAGUGGACGAUGGCAGUGCCAGGUCCCCCUUAUGAUGUAAGAUGCACAGAGGUGCGUAACACUUCACUGAUGCUCCACUGGGAGCCUCCUGUAUAUGAAGGUUGCAGCUCAGUCACUGGUUACUUCAUAGAGAUGCAGGAGGAAGGAUCUGAUACAUGGAAGAAAAUUAAUGAAAGCCCAACAUCUGACACUCAUCUGAGGAUUUCUGACUUGGAGACUGGAAAACAAUACCAGUUCCGUGUCAUUCCAAUUAACUCUGCUGGAACUGGGAGCCCAUCUCUGCCCUGUGAUCCUGUGAUUGCUGCAACCAAACCAGGUACUAAUGAGAUAGAAGUUGGUGUUGAUGACGAAGGAGUCAUUUUCCUUUCUUUUGAAAAUCCGGAGCCAAUAGACAAUCCCCAGUUCAUCUGGUCAAAAAAUUACAAGGGAGCUCCAGAUCCAGAGAGAACAGAGAUAUCUACAGAAGGAAAUAAGUCCAAGCUAGUGUUAACAAAUCCAUCUGCAGAUGAUCUAGGAACUUAUUCUGUGGAGGUGCUGAACACUGAUGGGGUAUCUGCUAGCCACACACUAACAGAAGAAGAAUUAGCAGAUCUGUUGAAGAAAAGCCAUGAUGUGCAACAUCCAUUGAUACGGCUUAUAUCUGGCUGGAAUAAAGAAGUAUUGGAAAAUGGAGAUGUGCGGCUUUGGCUACAAGUGGAAAAGCUGUCUCCUGCUGCAGACUUAGAGAUGAUUCUUAAUGACAAAAUUAUUAAUAAUACACCAAAACGAAAGAUAAACUUUGAUAAAGAGAAUGGUCUCAUUGAAAUAAUCAAGGAAGAUUUUGGCACGGAAGAUAAAGGAACAUAUACAGCCAAAGUGGCUGAUGGAAAAGCAUCAAACCAGUUCAGCCUUAUCCUCACUGGAGAAGAGUUUGAUCAAAUUUUGGACGAGUCCAACCAGAAAAAGAACAUGUGGAAAAAGAAGAAAGGACCUCAUUUUCUGGAGCAGUUGCAGUGGAAGGUUACAGAAGACUGCCAUGUUAUUAUAAUAUGCAAGGUAACAAAUAUAACUAAAGAAACAACUCUCAAGUGGUCUAUGGACAAAAAGUCACUUUCUAAGGGACAAUACGAUAGCCAGAGUGGGGAUGGAAAACUUACAAUUGAAAAGUUUACUAAUGAAGACAAAGGGAAUUACAAAGCUGUUGUGAAAGAUAGCAGAGGGGAAGAUGUAAGUGAUCUGGAUCUCUGUAAGGAAGGAUUUGAAAACAUUAUGAAAGAGAUUUGCAAAAUUAGUGCACUUUCUGCUUCUCCAUUGAAAUGUCAAGGCACUUCGGAAGGAAUUAAAAUAUACAGCGAUGUAAAAUAUUUCACUGAAAGCAUGAAUCCAACUUGGCACCACAAAAACAAGAAAUUGGACAGUACAGACAGAGUUAAAUCGGGAAGCACAAUGAACCAAGUCUGGCUUCAUAUAAUCAACCCUACAGAUGCAGACAAAGGGCUGUAUGUUUUAGAACUAUUUGAUGGCAAAGACAUUCAUAAACGGACCCUUGACCUGAGUGGUAAAGCAUUUGAUGAUGCUAUGGCUGAACAUCUCAAAUUUAAGGAAGCUGCUAUUACAGAGAAAAAUCGUGCUAAAGUAGUCCGAGGUCUCCCAGAUCUAGCUACAAUAAUGGAAGACAAGACUCUGUGUCUGACAUGUCACAUAUCUGGGGACCCUUCUCCUGAAAUUACCUGGAUAAAAAAUGAGAGAAAGGUGGUGUUUAAAGACAGAUACAAGUUGGACGUGAAAGGUACAGUGGUAACCAUUACCAUAGAUAAGAUUUGUGCCGAGGACUCUGGAAGAUACAGCAUUACAGUAAAGAACAAAUAUGGUUCAGAGACUGGCCAAGUUACUGUGAGCGUCUUCAAACAUGGUGAAGAACCAGAGGAACUUAAAAAGACAAUGGGAAAACCUCAGAAACAAAAGUGAAAUCCGUAGUUAAAAGAAGUGCUAAAUCUGAUUUAAUCUGCCUUAACUGUGUGCACAAUAUGUAACCUAUAUAGUAACACUUUACUGAAGCUGCUUCUACACAUUAAGUGUAUGUUAUAUCACUCUGGUGUGAUUUUCUUUUUGCAGUUUACUUUGUAUGUAAUGUAUGAUUCUUGAAUAAACAAUUGCUCAAUCAA